AGAGACUAUAUAGAUAUGUCAAACCAUCGUAACGGCCUACUGUUAACUGAAUCGUAUGUGUCGGGAGAAUUAGCUUGCGGGACAGUGUCACGAAAUUCACAACUGAACAACCAUCAUAUGACGACACAUGGAGAAAAUAGCAAAGAUCAACAUUACAGCAACAGCCAUGCGAAAAACACCGUUAAUGGUGACAAAACAGCCGGAAGUAGUUGCAAUUCUUUUCGUGUUUCAGAAACAAAAACAACAGCAGCAGCAGCAGCAGAGACGACAGCAACAACAUCAACAAGAACAAAGCUUGGAUACAGCAGGAAAAUGUCAUUAUAUCACAGAAAUCCUAAACUUCAGGCUAAUCACAAAACUGUCCUAUCAAGAAAGAUUGAUCGGAAGAAAAAAUCAAAACUACAAAAAAUGAGGAAACGACUAACAAAACUACUACACACGCAUGCGGCCCUCAUCAUGCUCUCAUUUCUUGUUGUCAUGGACGCCACAUGUGUGAUCGGACAACUUCUGGCAGACAUAUUUAUCGUAAAAGAGAAACUAGACAGAACUGAAACAGAAAAACACGACCUUGCCGAAGUUCUACAAACGAUGUUCCCACAUUUCUUUAAUGCUACAGACAAUUUAACUUUGGACCAGGUUUUGGGACAUCUGAAAAAUACACUGGAAAUAAACGAUGUAAGGAAUAGUUCUCACUACUCGCAGAAGACUCCAGAUUCUAACGGUAGUGAUGCGACACAUUCUCCUACUUUAAUUAUGGGUAUACCUCAUCACAACAUCAAUGCCACUGUUUUGAAAGAGAAACAAGAACUGCUCUUGGACAUGUGGAAACAGCUUUCGAAAUCUUUAAAAGACCAUGAGAAUAUUCUAAAACUUAUCAAAACUUCUCAAAUUAUGCUCCGGAGAUUUUCUCCUUCGAGUAAUCAAUCGAUCAUCAAAGAUAAAUCGAAAAAAUAUUCAUCGAAUCAUUUCUCUAGACAAAGUGGAGGGUCGGAAGAAGUAGACACCCUCGAAGAGGAACACAAUGUACUUUUUGAGGUGACUCAUGUAUUUCAUCUGACCAGUAUAACUAUAUUAUCUAUCCUGCUAUUUGAGACAUUACUGAAAGUGUUCGCAAUGGGAAGAAAGUUAUUGAACCACAAAAUUGAGGUGUUUGAUGCGGCAGUGAUUGUGAUAUCUUGGUCAUUGGAUGUUGCUUUUAAGGAUGGUAUCUGGGACCAUCCCGGUUCUAACGCAGCCACCAUAUUGAUUAUACUACUACCAUGGAGAGUGAUUCGGAUUGUAAAUAGUUUCGUGCUGGUUAUUCAAGAGAAAGAUCACGUGAGAUUAAAACUGAUCAAGCAGCGAUUCCGAAGUUCAGAAAGACGUACCAGGGAGUACAAGGAGAAACUGAACAAAUACAGAGUAAGUAGUUAUAGAAGGGGGACCAGAUACCUCAAUAGCCUAGGGUUCAAAGGUCCACAGAUCUUCAAUGCUCUGCAACAAAAAUUAAGAAACCUACUUAAUGUGGACAUAGAUGCCUUCAAAAAGGAACUAGACAUCCUCUUGUCGACAAAACCGGAUGAACCGACGAACCGACAUGAGACUGAUGGAAUGAAAUCAUUUUCAGACCAUAAUUUUGGUCUGAACGCUUACAGAAAUCUGGGCCCUGAUGAAGACACUCAAGACCCAAUUGAUGAAAAACGAAAACGGAGCAGUCUGGCACUAAAAGCUCUUAGUGAAUUUGCAUCGUUAGCAAUGGUUAGCACCGUCGGAAGCUUACCAAAUUUGGCAUCAAAGUCUGAGUUUUCGUCCGAUUCUUCUUCUUCCGAUGAUGACGAUGAUUCAAGUGACCAACACAAAGGAAUCGAUCGAAGUGUUUCCACUGACAGUGCCUUCUCCCAGACUGACAGUCUUUUCUCAACAGUUUCUUAUCAAUCCGACACACCAAAUAACAAUAUCAGGAACAACUUAACCUACUCUCACCAAACUCUGGGAGAUUCCUCUUCUUUACCAACUUACGAAGAUGCUAUGACAUCGGUUUAUAAAUCAGAUGAUAUCCAGUCAAAGAAUCAACAUACCAAAUUAUAGACAUGGCGUAUGUCAAGUCAUUUCUUCAUUUCUUCUCUUGUUUUUAAAAAAAAAAGCACGAGAAAUCCUGGACUUUAAAAGCUGUGAAGUUUAGAUAAAUGACGAAAUACAAAGCGGUGGUGUUCAGUUUUUUUAUUAACGCGUUACAUUUUUUUAGUAUCCUGAAAUGUUUAAUUAAAUUUGCAAUUUCUAAAUUACUAUGUCUGUCAGAGAAUCUAACACAAACUUUAUUUUAAAGAAUGUUUAUAAAAUUGUUGACAAAA